GAGCUAUUGCCAGAAGAAAAUGACAUAUCGAAGAUUCUUCUCAUUGUCUUAUUGUUAUCCCAUGGGCUAAAAUUCCAUCUCGUUUAGUCUUUGUUAAAAUCCUUGUCGCACCUUGCCUAGGAACGUAUUCGAAGGAUCCAGAUUGCAAAUCAUGGUCCAGCUUAGAAAAUUCGUAAUCUUAACCCCGCUCACUGUCGCGAUAUCGUGCCUAUGGAUAGCCCCAUAAGAGCUGCGCUGCCCUGGUAGUGAGAUUAUAGCGUGCUGGCCAUCCAACUAGGAUGCGAUAAGACAGCAAGAAAAAAAACAUUGCUUCGGAGUUCACAUAUAACUUCUGCAAAAAUCUAAGGAUGAUAGUCAUAUAAGACCGAAAAUGCGGACGUCUACCAUAUCUUGUAUGCUAGCUCUCGGCAGCCUGGGAUGUGCUGUUCCAUACUCGAGUAAACUGCAUAAAAACACAGCUCUAGCUAUCAUAGAUGUCCAGAACGACUUUAUUAAUGGCUCCUUGGCCAACCCACGAGCGCCGGCUAUCCUACCUAAGGUCUAUCAAUUGCUAGACAAUCAUGAGUGGCCCUUCAUCGUUGCAUCCCAAGAUUGGCAUCCGCCGGAUCACGUCUCGUUCUUCUCAAGCCACCCGGGAAAAGUAGCGGGUGAUAGUGUGAACGACAGCUUCGUAGAUACGCCCACGAAAAUCGAGACGCAGAUGUUAUACGCGGCUCACUGCGUUCCGGAGACCUGGGGCGCUGAGAUUGAGCGUGGAGUCCAGACACGGCUACACUCAAUAGAGGGCUAUAAAAGCCCGGUCAAUUACAUCAAAAAGGCGCAAGACCAUCGUGUUGACUCAUACUCGGCGUUUGCGGAUAACCAAUACCACCGAUUUACGACGCUGCACUCCGAACUGAGCUUACAUAGCAUUGAGAUACUUGUCGUGACGGGGCUUCUCACAAAUGCUUGUGUACGUGGUACAAGUAUUGACGGUAUUAAGUUGGGUUAUGAGGUUAUCUUGAUUGAAGAUGCGACCGAGAGCACUAGCGCCGAGGAUAAGGCGGCUGCUAUCAAGGAACUAGAAGGAUGGGGUGUUCAGGUUCUGAACUUGACAGAUUGGGAGAAUGCGAAUCCCACGCCAUCUAAUUCUGGGGCAACGAGUGAAUUAUGAUAGAACAUAAGACAUUAUUCCCUUUUAACCUUAGAAAUUUUGAGUACGACAGUAUAAUGAGUGAAUAAGGUCAGUUAUCGAUACAAUUUUUUUUAUCUAAUCUAAUGUAAACAGUGAUCAGUUUUUUUAUUUGAUUUUCAUAUAGAGUAA